CCUAGUUUACAAACUACUUCCGCAAGCGCUGGUACUGAACGUCGCAGUUGUACCUGAAUAUAAUAUAUAGACUAAUAAGCUUUGGUUAAUGGUAAUCAAUUUCUGUAUUAACAGAGUUGGAAUAUCAAUUCCAAUCAAAACUGUUGUUCUUCUUCGAAGCAAAUACGCAAAGGACGCUAAUGAGACGGUAACCAGCGUUUUCUGUUGCUCCAUGCUACUGUGUUGUGAAACUAGAAAGUGAAAAUGGAUUUCGCUUCAAAAUACGUAUAUGACUACGAGAAUUCUGAUGAAGAAUGUGUGUCAGAAGACGAACUUGAACAUGGAAUGACACUGAGUGAUGACGAAAGUGAUUAUGAUGAGCUUGCUCCCAGAGCUGUAGCAGCAGCUGCUGUUGCCUAUGAUAAUGUUGGUGAAACUACAAAGGACCCAGUGGUGGCAGAUGCAGCUGUAUAUGAUAACGCGGAAGAGCAGAGAUAUGAGGAGAUACCUGGAGGUGGCCCUCCAUUGGCAGGUGGAGCCCCACCCCCUCCUCCACCCCUACCCCCGAGGUCUGGAGGAUUUUUCUCGAGUUUUUUUUCAAGUCUUCGUGGAUCUUCUUCAAAACCAAAAGAGCAUGCAUCUGCUCCUAAACCAGGCCAGCUCAAAUCUGAGAAGAAGAAGAAGAAGAUGAGCCAUUGGAGGUCUGUGCCUGCAGCAGGUGUAACACAGGCCAAUGUUCAAGGGAAGAAAUUCAGACGAGCCGACACUAAUGUAGUCUCUAUCAAAUUCCAAACAUUGACAUCUCCCAGCCACAUGCACACAGGGGACCCAGUGUCUUGCAGCAAGUGCCAGGCUCUUCUGUCCCAUAUCAGCAAAUUGCAUAAUCAGGGAGAGGACCAGGUGUGGACGUGUGAAUUCUGUGGGGAGGGUAACAUUGUGGACCUGGUGCCAGAGGAGAUGCCACAGAAAGAGGACGUAACCUAUAUGAUCCAGCCAGCUCCAGUGACCACGGCCAGUGGGAAGUCUGGGGCUGACGAGUCUGUGGUCAUAUUUGUAGUGGACACUUCUGGCAGUAUGUGUGUUACGACUGAGGUUCCAGGUAAAGUAAACUUGCGUGGUAGAGAGCGCCUGAGUAGACUUCAGUCAUUUAACGAGCGUCAUGAAGACCAGCAUCUCCCCGGUCAGCGCCAUGAUGUGACCUAUGUGUCCAGACUACAGGGUGUCCAGGCAGCAGUGGCACAUCAGCUGGCCGAGUUAGAAAAGGACCAUCCGAACCGUAGGGUGGCUCUUAUUGAAUUCAACAAUGAGGUGAGAGGUGGCCCUCCAUUGGCAGGUGGAGCCCCACCCCCUCCUCCACCCCUACCCCCGAGGUCUGGAGGAUUUUUCUCGAGUUUUUUUUCAAGUCUUCGUGGAUCUUCUUCAAAACCAAAAGAGCAUGCAUCUGCUCCUAAACCAGGCCAGCUCAAAUCUGAGAAGAAGAAGAAGAAGAUGAGCCAUUGGAGGUCUGUGCCUGCAGCAGGUGUAACACAGGCCAAUGUUCAAGGGAAGAAAUUCAGACGAGCCGACACUAAUGUAGUCUCUAUCAAAUUCCAAACAUUGACAUCUCCCAGCCACAUGCACACAGGGGACCCAGUGUCUUGCAGCAAGUGCCAGGCUCUUCUGUCCCAUAUCAGCAAAUUGCAUAAUCAGGGAGAGGACCAGGUGUGGACGUGUGAAUUCUGUGGGGAGGGUAACAUUGUGGACCUGGUGCCAGAGGAGAUGCCACAGAAAGAGGACGUAACCUAUAUGAUCCAGCCAGCUCCAGUGACCACGGCCAGUGGGAAGUCUGGGGCUGACGAGUCUGUGGUCAUAUUUGUAGUGGACACUUCUGGCAGUAUGUGUGUUACGACUGAGGUUCCAGGUAAAGUAAACUUGCGUGGUAGAGAGCGCCUGAGUAGACUUCAGUCAUUUAACGAGCGUCAUGAAGACCAGCAUCUCCCCGGUCAGCGCCAUGAUGUGACCUAUGUGUCCAGACUACAGGGUGUCCAGGCAGCAGUGGCACAUCAGCUGGCCGAGUUAGAAAAGGACCAUCCGAACCGUAGGGUGGCUCUUAUUGAAUUCAACAAUGAGGUGACAGUUAUAGGAGAUGGCUCUGGAACCCCCAUUACAGUAACCGGGGACAAGCUGACAUCCAAAGAUGCCCUAGUUGACAUAGCCUCUGACCUUCAGCUACCAAAGAAUGUCAAAGAUACAAGGCAGAACUUGGACAAAAAAGUGUUUGACCUUGAGGAGGGAGGAGGCACAGCUCUUGGACCAGCACUGUUAAUAGCUGUCGCCAUGGCAUCCAAAUACACGGCCUCCAAGGUGAUCAUAUGCACAGAUGGCAUGGCCAAUGUUGGCCUGGGGAGACUGGAUGAAGAAAAUAGCCAGGAGGCCGCAGAGGAGUUCUAUACAGAGGUUGGACAGAUGGCUGUUGACAAAGGUGUUGGUGUCUCUGUGAUCACAAUCAAGGGGACAGAUUGCAAGCUGGUAGAACUUGGGAAAGUGGCAGACACCACAGGAGGACAGGUGAACAUAGUAGAUCCACUAAAACUUACCCAAGAGUUUGGCAGUAUUUUGGCAGAUCCUAUCAUUGCAACAAAUGUCACGGCUACGUUUAUUCUUCACAAGGGCUUAUAUAUACGUGAUGAAGAGAGCAAAGAGAGCAGAGCAACAAAGUUUAUUGGGAAUGUGACCGUUGACACAGAGGUUACCUUCGAGUAUGGAGUGAGGCAUCAGAAAAAGCAGAAAAAGGAAAAGAAAAAUGAAGAAGAAGGCAAGGAAGAAGUGGCUGACGCCCAGGUGACCACAGAAAAAACAGAAUCUGAAGCAGGGGCUGAAGUUGGAGCAGAAGCAGGACCUAAAGUUGAAGCAGGAGCAGGGGCUAAAGUUGAAGCAGAAGCAGGGGAUGAAGUUGGAGCAGAAACAGGGGCUAAAAUUGGAGCAGAAGCUGGUCCCAGUACAGGUGACGCUGGGGUAGGAGACCUCUCAGAACUGCCUUUCCAGUUACAGAUCAAAUACACAGACCUAGAGGGCUCUCAAGCCAUGAGAGUCCUCACCCAAAGCAAACCCAUCACAAAGGACAGGAAUGUGGCAGAGAGAGAAAUGAACCUGCAGGUGAUAGGUGCUCACACGGCGCAGACGACGGCACGCUUGGCACUCCAGGGGGAUUACACCGCCUCCAGACUGAACGCAUUCACAAAGCAGAGGCUUGUAUCCAGGCACACGAAAACCAAUACAUCAGCAAGGGCAGCCUACAGACAGUUCUUUUGUAAUAUAGCACCUAUAGAGCAGACUGUCAAUGCACAGUUACAGUCUGAGAGGCAGCUGUAUGGUGGCAGCACCCACAGUGAUGAUGAGAUGGACGAGGUGUCUGAGGUGGCAGAGGCAUGCGUUAGUGCACCCCCAAAUCUAGGCAAUAAAAAGGGGAAAAAGGGACUUAAAAAGUUGAAGAGCCGCAAAGCAGAAUGUAAUGAUGCACUGUAUGAACAGUUGUUCAAAGCACAGCGUUCCAAAUCUGAGGCUUUCAGCACACCAAAGUCUGAUGGUUAAACAUUACAAAUGGAUCAUUUUCUUUGUACAUCCCUUGAAAAUUUAAAACAUUGUUUCUAAUGUUUGUGUUAUAUGCAGUGGUUACAUAACAUUACCCUUAGCCAUUACCUUAAUUGAUUCAGGUAAUUGGUCUAGGAUGGACAAAAGAUUUUUACAUGCUUUCGCCUCCUUCUUCUUGAUUUUUUUUUAUUCACUUGUACAUCAGUUAUUGUACAAACAUUGUUGAACUAAAAUUGUUGUGAAAAUGAAACUACAUGUGACUAUGGAUGUAGGAUAAAUGUCAAUAACCAGCCAUUUUAUGGAUAAAAGCAUUUUCAUGUAACACUCCUGAUACUACUUUAACUAUGUCGAUUGUUCUAUUUACUACAUGUUAAUGAAUUAGCCUUAUUAUUGUGUACUCUUUGUUAAAUGUUUUUCCUGUUAUCAUUUGGUGCAUGUGGUAAUUUAAUUGUAAUUGCUAUCUAUCUGUUUAACAUAAAGAGUAUUUGAAAUAAUUGUUAGAUCAAGAUGAUCUAUUUUAGAUGUUAUAUUACCCACUUACUGUGAUUUUUA